AUGCGUGUCCGCUUUCUGUUCGCUUCCGGCUUGGCCGCCCUCAUCGGUCCGGCCAUGGCAGACUAUCAAGAGUGCCCCGACCACCUCGCGCCUGUCACUCAGUUCUACCUGUUUGGCAACGAUGAAUGUGCCAACCACGGGCCUGGCAAAAGGCUAGGCAACGUCCGAGUGUGCAUGACCGACCUUGCGCAGCACAACUUCGGCGAGCCUCAGGGCUGCCACAAACUGGAACAAGAGGGUGUGCUUUCCAUUUCGCAGUGGACGAAUAUCAAAGGAUGCAACCUCUACAUGUAUACUGAUGCUGGGUGCGUGGGCGGCAUCAAGGAGCUCACCGACCUGGGUGGAUGCAACUCUCCUUCUGGGGACUGGAAUGGCAAGCCAUGGAUGGCCUAUCGAGCCUGGUGCCCACCGAUGUGA